AUGCCAAAAGAAAAACAAUCUCUAUACGGCCGUUUGAGUAGCUACGUUGCGAAAUUCGGUUCCGACACUUUUGCCGCGACUGAUAGCUGUUUGUUCUGUAAAGUGUGCCAAAUUACAAUAAAUUCCGAAAAAAAAUUCAACGUGAUCCAACAUAUUCGUACGUAUAAACAUACAAAAGGUCUCAAACGGAGAGAAUAUCAAAUUCUGGAGCCGAAACAAUCUUUAAUAAUUGGUUUGCCAUCUAGAUCGCCUUUUAAUACGGAUUUGUGUGAAGCUUUACUGGCCGCCAACAUUCCAUUGAAUAAACUUUCCAACAGUAAAUUUCGUACAUUUUUGGAAAAAUAUACUGGUAAAAACAUACCAUUCGAAAAUACACUUCGUAAUGAAUACAUUGACGACGUGUACUACACAGUUAUUGAGAAUAUUAAAAACGACAUUGGCAAAAACAAAAUUUGGGUCUCCAUUGAUGAGACGUGUGAUGUAGAUGGACGCAUCAUAGCAAAUGUUAUUGUGGGAAUUCUCAAGACUGAUGUUGCUGGCAGUAAAUUUUUAGUACACUCUGAAGAAACAGAAAAAACCAAUCAUACAACCAUUUGCAAACUAUUUGAAAAGGCAAUGGGAAUCAUAUGGCCUGGCGAUAUCCUUUAUGACAAUGUAUUGUUAUUUUUAACGGAUGCCGCACCUUACAUGAUAAAAGCUAGUUCUGUUUUAAAAAGUUUGUAUACAAAAAUGGUUCACGUUUCGUGUGCUGCUCACGGAAUUCACAGAGUAGCCGAAGAAAUUCGUGGUCAAUUUCAUACAGUAGACGACUUAAUAUCAAGUGUAAAAAAAACUUUUCGGAAGGCUCCAUCUCGAGUUCUUUUAUUCAAAACUGAGGCACCUGGGAUUAAAUUGCCACCAGAGCCCAUUACAACACGCUGGGGAACAUGGCUAGAUGCAGCAAUAUAUUAUUGCGAACAUUUUGAAACAAUUGUUCGUAUUAUUAAUUUACUAGACGAGAAUGAUGUUGUUAGUAUUCAAAAAGCUAAAUUAUGUAUAUUGGAACCAGAAUUACAAAGUGACUUGAUUUACAUAAAAUCAAAUUUUGAAGUACUGACUGUAGCUAAUAAACAACUACAAGAACAAAAUGUUCCAUUAGCCGACUCCCUUAAAGUUAUUGAGAGUAUUGAAUCUAAAUUUCAAAAUUUAAAAGGAACCCACGGCCAAGCAGUGUUAACAAAACUAGAAAAUGUAUUUAAAAAAAAUGAAGGAUUAAAUACUUUAAAAAAAAUAUCAAAAAUCAUAACAGGAGAUGAAGAACCCACCGACCUUAAUAUAUUGGCAGAAGAUAUUACUUGCAAUGAUUUGGUAUAUUUCAAGUAUGCUCCAAUUACCUCUGUUCACAUAGAACGAUCAUUUUCGCCCUACAAGACUAUUUUAGCUGACAACAGAAGAACAUUCAUAUUUGAAAAUGUUCGAAAACAACUUAUAGUUCAAUGCAAUUAUAGAGGUGAUUUUUUUUAUAAAACAAAAAAUAUUUUAUCAAUAAAUUGUUUCAUUUUUUUUUUUUUUUUUCAGAACGUUUGGUAACCAGUUUUUAA